AUGACACCCGAACGCCCUGCACCCGUGGAUGACACGAUCAACUCGGUUGGAGCGGCAGCGAUACAGCAGCCACACGGCGAGGUUACCUCGAGAAGGGAUGAUGACCGGGAUGGAUUGGGGUCGUCUCCAGAGGUCGCGCCCGACGCUGACGCCAUUCAACGACGAAGCACAUUCAGGACAUUUACCGUCAUGGUUGCUCUUUUUUCCACACUCUUUAUCGGUGCUCUCAACACUACCGUGGUAGCCACCGCGAUUCCCACAAUAUGCUCCGACCUCGAAUCAGCAGCAGGCUACUCCUGGAUCGGUGCCUCGUAUGUCAUUGCCACGAGUGCCUGCAGUCCUGUGUGGGCGAAACUCUCAGACAUAUGGGGUAGAAAGCCGAUCCUCCUACUGGGAGUUGCCCUAUACUUCGGCAGCUCCGUCAUGUGUGCCCUGUCCAGCAGCAUGGCUAUGCUCAUCGUGGGCCGUUCGCUCCAAGGCAUAUCUGCAGGCGGGUUCAUGACGCUCAUCAACAUUGUUGUGUCGGAUCUGUUUAGCAUGAGGAGUCGAGCACUAUUUCUGGGCCUACUUCACACGACCUGGGCUGUUGCUGGCGGAGUCGGCCCAGUAUUGGGAGGUGCCUUCACGCAGCUUUUGUCCUGGAGAUGGAUCUUCUGGAUCAACCUUCCGAUCUGUGGACCGGCGUUCUGCCUGUUGCUCGUUUUCCUGGAUGUGCAUAACCCAAGGACCAAGUUUGCCGCAGGCAUCAGAGCCAUUGACUGGACGGGCAGCGUCUGCAUGGUAGGUCUGAUGGUGAUGCUGCUGCUUGGUCUCAAUUUCGGGGGCGCAGCCUACCCCUGGGACUCUCCAAAGGUCAUUUGCCUCAUCGGCGUCGGUGCUUUCAUGGUCAUCCUGUUUGUGUUCAACGAGGGCCGUCUGGCACGCCAUCCGAUAAUGCCCCUGGGAGUAUUUCGAAACAAGUCCAACGUCGCGUGCCUUACCCUUGGCUUCAUCCAGCAUUUCGUUCUCAAUUCGGCAGAGUAUUAUCUACCUCUAUAUUUCCAAUCCGCGAAAGAAGCAUCGCCGCUCCGCUCCGGACUACUCCUCCUCCCACUGAUACUCACGGAAGCAUCCACCGGCGUUGCUGGGGGGAUCUACAUCCACCAAUUUGGACGCUACAUCGAACUGAUCUGGGCGGGCGUGGUUCUGCUCACAAUAGGCAAUGGGCUCUACAUCCGUUUUGACGCCACCUCUUCCAUCGGCUCAAUCGCUGCCUUUAAAGUUCUUUCGGGGCUGGGCGUAGGUCUACUGUUCGACCCCCCCUACAUCGCUCUCCAGGCCCUAGUCCCGCAAGCCGACAUCGCCACCGCGACCGCCACCCUCGGCGUCAUGCGCAACAUCGGCGUCUCUCUGUCCAUCGUCAUCGGCGGCGUCAUCUUCCAAAACGGCAUGCGCCUCCGAAAAUCAAGCCUCCAUGCCCACGCACUCCCAGCAGAUCUAGUCAACGACCUGUCCGGCCCGGACGCCGCCACGCAUAUCGAUCUCAUUUCCAAGGUCGCCAACCCAGCUCAAAGGUUGGCAGUCGAGCAGGCCUUCGCGCGGAGUCUGCGGAACCUGUGGAUCACGUGUACUUGCAUGGCGGCACUCGGUCUCCUCGCCGCCGGGCUUGUGACCAGGACGGAGCUGAGCAGGGAACAUACCGAGACUGUGACGGGACUAGGGGACCAGAAAGACGGGGCCGUUUCUCACGACCAGGAACUCGUGCCCGUGCCUGCACCUGCUGCGAAUGGUGGUAAGUAA